AUGGAAGAGCAUUGUGACGGCGUGAGGCAGUCAUUCGAGUUUCUAUUUUAUGAAAUUAUUAAAUAUUUUACAAAUCAGACCAAGCAUCUUUCUGAUGGACAUACAACAGCUAUACAUCUAAUCGAGAACAUGGGUUAUCGUAUUGGCCAACGUUCCAUUGAAAGAUUAACGAAGAAUAGUCCUCGGUUUACAUCAGAGAUAGAAAUCGUCAAGUUUAUUUGCAGGGGAUACUGGUCUCACCUUUUCCAGAAGGAUAUUAGUACAUUGAAAACGAAUAAUGCCGAUGUGUAUGUGCUCAUUGAUAGUGAUUUUCCGUAUCUCACUCGCAUUGAGCCAAGUCAGUUAUACAACCCAAGUGUUGAGAUGAUUCUGGCUUUUGCUUGUGGACUUCUAAGGGGUGGUCUGUCAAGUCUUGGCGUUAGUUGCAUAGUGAAUGCAGAAAUACCAAGGAUUCCAACUUGUCAUUUCACUGUCCGAGUGUCACCUCGUUCAAAAACGUCUUGA